AUGCAAUAACAUAAAGUUAUAUAAGGUAAUACAUAGAUUCUGUAUACUACUACAUAACCUUAUUUUUAAGGCACUAAAUAUAAAUUAUUUAUAACUUCGGAGUGCAAUUAUGUAGUCAAAAUAUAUGAUGUUGGACAAGAUAAAGUAUUUAAUUAUGUUGUAAUUUUUAUAUAGUAUUUGAAUACAGAGUUAUAAGCUGUUCAUCUUUUUAAGGAUAAUGAGUGUAGCAACAUUGUAAAAUCAUAUGAAGGAGAGUUAUAACCAAAUAAAAAAGUAAUAGUUUUUGAAAAAGCUGAAGUCCUCCAAAAUAUUUUGAAGGAUUCCUAAGAAGGUUUUGUGGAACCUCAAGUCCUUAAAGUAAGCAGAAAAAUAAGCGUAGAUCUUAUUAGAUUUAAGCAAAGCAUUACAGCACUCUCAUUCAUUAGGCAUAACACAUCGAGAUAUCAGACCAGAGAACAUUUUAAUUGGAUUAGAGAAGCAAGCAAAUUAUGGGAUUUUAACGUUGUUUUUUCUAAGUAUUUGAAAUUUUAGUUAGCAAUAUGAUCAAAUACCGAAUGAAUAUUUGUGAAGAAUCAAAGAAGAAAUUGAGAUGAACACUUUUGAACAUGUAAGAGCUCCAGAAUAAAAAGAUUUCUCUCAAAGAUUGCCAAUCACUACCAAAGUAGAUAUCUAUGCUUUUGGAAAAUUAAUGUAUUAUAUGAUAUCUAAAGUCCGAUAUGAUUAAAAUCCUAAUUGGGAAGGAAAGUAAAAUUUAAUAUAAAUUAAGUGCAUUAUGGGGCGUUUAUAGUUCCAAAUUAUAAAACCUAAUAAAAUAAUUACUUAUCAUAAAUCCAAAGGACAGGAUAUCAGCAGAAUAAAUAGAAUAAUACAUAAAUACAAUAAUUACUUAAUAUAAGUAAAUUUUAAAUUAAAUAUACCUGAGUGGAAUAUCAUAAAAUAUUCAUUUAAGAAGUUAAUCAACAAAUGAGAUCUAGAAUAGAGAGAUAAUUACUUCAAAUAAAGAAUUAGAUAAAUGUCAUUCAUUUGAAUUUAAAGAUCUAUAAUAACCCCAAUAAUCCUCAUUAUCAACAAGAUUAGUAAAAUUAGUUAGUAAAGUGGCAUAGAAGACAGAUUUUUGGGUGGCUGCAUGUUUAGAAGAAGUUGAUGCAGCUCCUUGUUAAAAAUAUUUUAGAUAUCUUCAUUUUAAAGCAUGGUAAAAGAAAUAAAUAAUUCCUAAAUUUUAUGAGAAAGUAUCAAAUAGAUUAUAAUUACAUUCUGUAAUAGUGACAUUUAAGACUUUAUAAUUAAUACAUAACUAUGUUAAUAAAGGUCCUUAAGAAGCCAUAGCAGUAAAACAUUCAAUAUAUUUUCCAAAUGCAAUUUUAGAAAGAAUUAAAAAUUUUUAAGAAUAAAAUUAAAUGGAAAUUUCUAAAGAUAAAUUUCGAUCACAGUUUUUUACAAAUUUUCUGUAUAAGUAUUCAAUUAUAUUAUUGGAAAAAGUGAAAUUUCAUUCAUUUAUCUAAAGUAUUUUGAAGGUAAUUAUGCUAUGAUUCCAUUUUUCAAUAGCAUGAAUGGAAUUUAAAAAUAAAAAUUAAGUAUAGCAAUAUUUAACAAUAUGAUGAAUUUAUGGAAAUAAUUAUUAAAUUUCACAUCGAAUAUAUAAUUGUAAGAAUAGAAUUUAAUAAAUUUAUAAUUGGGCCUUGCACUAACAAUGGCUGAUAAAAUAUACAAUAUUCUCUGUACUUUUACUCACAUAUUUUAUGCUUUAAAGUAAAGUACUAAUUAUAUUAGUGAAUAACCCACUAAUAAUAACGAAGUUAAAUAAGCCUUUCUUAAAUUAUAAGAUGAUUAUUGGAAUAACUUUUAAUAGACAACCAGUUUCUUUACUGUUUGCAAAAGAAUACCAUAGUUUUAAUAAUUAAUACCAGAUCCAUCCAAGAAUUUAGUUGAAAUUUUGAAAAAUGUUCCAUUAUUUCAAUCUAAAAGAGGAGAUUUUAAUUUUAAUGAUUUCUUAAGUUAUUCAAUGUCAAUUGAUGGAAUUAAAUUAUCUUAAAGUUAUGGCGAAAUAAUGAUUAAUUAAGUAAUAGAAUAUGAUGAAGAAGAAACAGUCGAAAUAAAACCUAAAUAUAAAAAAUAAAAUUUUAAUACAAUAAAAGCAGUAAUCUCUUAUUAAAUAUGA